GAUCUGCCAGUUCAGCGCUAGCCGAGCGUUGAGACGCACUUGAGUGUUGGUCUAUUAGAUUAUUUAACACAGCAGGUUCUUGUCCGAAAAAGUCUCAAGUGCAGAGGGCCAUGACAAAUCUUACAAACUCUGAUGUUAAUGGCCGAUUUCUCACCAAGUUCUAUCCCGUUUUAUCCUACAAAACGUGCAUGAACUUUUUACUGUUAAACGGGCGAAAAUACCUCAUCACGUAGUUCUAUCGCUGGUUGAUUAUAGGAGGUUCUCCUUAUUCGUACCCGUUGACCCGUCCCUUUGUGCUGCUGCGGGACAUACUAUGGCGAUAAAAGUCAGCAGCGCCAUGACGCUCCACGUAAUGCUUCAUACGGCCAUGAUUGCGGCCAGCAUGACGUCCACCGUGUCGUCGGUUCAAGUUGAAGGAUCGUUUUCAACUCCAUCGACCAGCAAGUGCCUAACCGACGACCAACUGGCCGCGGUGGGGCUGAAUAUGGCCCAAAAGCCGGCCCGCUCAUUCCUGCACGACAAUAAAGCGCUGGAACUCAGACUGGAAGCCUCGGACAGAGUGACUCACCAGCUCUCGACGGCCGUCUUCGCCAUCUUCAUACGGGAAGUGCUCGGCUAUCGUAACGUGACCGUCACCAAGCGUCGCGAUGCCUUUAACGUCUCGGCCGUCCUCAGCCGGAUGGCCGGAUGCUCCAAUCCCAUCAAUUGCGACUCGGCCGAAUUGCAGUCGGAGUCGUUCGUUCCGGAAACGAUGAUCAAUCUGGAAGUUUGGGUCCCGCUCGGAUACAACAUGGAACAGUGGUCGGCUUCCGGGAACUUGGAAGAGUGCGGUCUCUUGGGGCCUGGCGGAAGAUUCGGUUGGUUCAUGCCUCAAUGGACCAUCAAUAGUAUCCCGUUACCCGAUCACUGGCGGAGUCUUCUCGACCCGGAGAUAGCAACCCGUUUUGACGUUGAUGCCCAAGAGAUGAGGCGACUGGCCGAGUUCACUAAAGAUCCAACCACCGGAAGGUACUAUUGCGAUGCUAGUUAUUGCGAUAAGGGAAUAUUCUACCCUGAAUAUUGUCGUGAGGAUGAGUUUGGAAAUAUGCCACCCUGUGCCGUCCUUCUGGCAGAAUAUCCAGAUUACAUGAGUUUUCUAAUCAAGCAAAUUCCGUCGCUGGGACUACGAGUCAAGGUGGUGUGGCUGGGACCCAAUGCCGACCGCGUUGUCCGGGAUUUCUUCAACGACGUUGGUCGACGCCUAUCCGGACGCUCCAUCAUGUUCUUCGCUUGGAGGCCCAGCACCAUUACCGAAAGUGCUGAAUUUCUCAGCGUGUCUUUCCCACAGUGUGAGACCCUCUCCACGCCAGACAGCGAUAUGCGAUGCGCCUACGAAUUCCAGCGCUUCGAAAAGGUUGCCUGGACUUACCUCAAGAAAGGAGCCAAACUCGUCUUCGAGGCUUUGCAACGGGUCUUCUUCACACAGGAAGAGUACAACGCCAUGUUGCAUCUGUACAAUGAGCGUCCGGAAAAGGAACCGCUAGUGGAAGAGAUCGCCUGCGACUGGAUGAAACGCAAUCCGGACGUCUGGUCGCAAUGGAAACCGUCGGAUCUGACCGUGAAAAUGGAACUCUACAUAGGCGGGAUUUUCCCCAUCAGCGGUCCGUUUUACAAGAGUGGUCCAGGGAUGGUGCCAGCUGCCCAAAUGGCCGUCGAUGCCAUCAAUCGAAACGGGACGAUCCUAAGGGACUACGAACUUAAACUGCUCGUUGCUGACGGACAGUGCUCAGCUGACAUGGUCAUGAAGAGCUUCAUCGAUUAUCUGCGCUUCAAGAGCUUUAACCGUAUGGUCGGCAUUCUCGGUCCAGCCUGUUCCGAUACCGUGGAGCCUGUGGCGGGAGUUUCAAAACGUUUUAAAACGAUCGCCAUCAGCUAUAGCGCUCAAGGAUCGAGUUUUGCGGAUCGAAACAAAUUUCCAUACUUCUUCCGCACGAUCGGCGAGACUGGCCAAUUCAAAUACGUCUUUUUGACUCUGCUCCAACAGCUUGGCUGGAAACGAGUUGGCGCUUUGAUGAGCGAUGGGAAAAAGUACUCUGACUAUGUGAACACGGUCCAAGAUUACGCGGAGAGUAACAAAAUCACAUUUGUUACCACUCGUAAAAUCACCAGCAUCUCUUCAUUGGAGUACUUGAAGGAUCUCAAAGCGAAGAGAGUCAAGAUUAUCGUUGGCGAAUUUGAUGAAGAACGAGCUUGCGAAGUCAUGUGCCAAGCCUUUAGACUCAACAUGACAGCCAAAGAAGGAUACGUCUGGUUUUUGCCAAAUUUUAAUUCUGAACUCUUUCAAGGUCCCACACCCAUUUGGUAUGAUAUCGACAGCCGCGUCAGUCAAUCAAAUCGCACCCUGGAAGCGAUUCCCUGUUCAACCGAGCAAAUAAUUCAGGCAAUCGACGGUCAUUUUUACAUGACUUACUCGAGUUACGCACCCAACGAAAGUCUUAUGCAAGAAGGGGUGAAUGUCAGUAAUUGGCGACGUCGCUACGAAUUCCAGUGCGCCCGAUUCAACACAUCAACUUCAGAGUAUGCCAGUUACAUUUACGAUUCCGUCUGGACCUACGCCUUGGCGCUGGACAAAUUGCUGGCGGGAAACGAGUCACUAGCGGCCGAUUUCCACACAGACCACACCACAGAGAGUCUUAGGCGAAUCAUAAACGAGACAGAUUUUACCGGCGUUUCCGGCAGAGUGAGAUUUACUGGCGCACUGUCUCGAUACUCUGAUAUCCAGGUCUUCCAGUGGAUCAACAAAUCAAGUGAACUCAUUGGACGAUUUCUUCCUGUUGCAAGGACCAAACUCACCAAACCGACUAGCGGACCCCCAAACUUGAAUAAAUCGCUCAUCAAGUGGCUCACGUGGGACGGAAAACAGCCGGUGGACGACCCGGAACCCGGAACGACUGUCUGCGUCCUGGACGGAUUGGCCAAUUUAUUGAAUGUAGAAUGCGAAGCGGCGAUUGUAGUCGCCAACAUUUUAGGAUUUGGUGUCUUUGCCGGUUGCCUUGUCGUCUUCUUUUUCGUCUUCAAACGUCGCUACGAACGUAAAGUGGAACAGACGGAAGAGAGAAUGCGGGCGCUUGGACUACUCUCUUCCGGAACUCUCCUCACGCUCGACGAGUGGGAAAUCCCGCGCGAACGGAUCGUUAUCAACCGUAAACUGGGCGAGGGCGCAUUCGGGACUGUCUACGGUGGCGAGGCCUUCUUUGACGACAAAGGAUGGGUCGCAGUGGCCGUCAAAACACUCAAAGUCGGUUCAACUGUGGAAGAAAAGUUGGAUUUUCUUAGCGAGGCCGAAAUGAUGAAGCGCUUCAAUCACAAAAACAUCGUGCGCUUGCUGGGCGUUUGCACGCGCAACGAGCCCGUUUACACAGUCAUGGAAUUCAUUCUCUAUGGCGACUUAAAGACUUACUUGCUGGCCAGACGGCAUUUAGUCUACGAGAAAAGCCGCGAAGACUCGGACGAAAUAUCUGGUCGUCGGUUAACAUCGAUCGCCUUGGACGUCGCUAAAGCACUCAGUUAUCUGGCCGAACUGAAAUAUGUGCACCGGGAUGUCGCCUGUCGAAACUGUUUGGUGAACUCAAAUCGUGUGGCAAAACUUGCCGAUUUCGGAAUGGCUCGACCCAUGUACGAGAACGAUUACUAUCGCUUCCACCGCAAAGGCAUGUUACCAGUGAGAUGGAUGGCACCAGAGAGUUUAGUGGAUGGCCUAUUUACUCCUAUGACCGACAUUUGGUCUUACGGCGUUCUUCUCUACGAGAUUAUCACGUUUGGUAGUUUUCCGUUUCAGGGAAUGAGCAACAACCAAGUGCUGGGGCACAUAAAAAACGGAAUGACCAUUGAUAUCCCUGAAGGAGUUAAACCUCAACUGGAAACACUAUUAAAGUCAUGUUGGCACCGGACACCGUCAUUAAGGCCUCAGGCGGCCGAAGUGGUUGAAUUACUGACCAAUAAUACACGUCUAAUUCAGCCAUGCGUAGGUAUUCCGUUGUCAUCCAUUCAGAUAGAGGGGAGUGCUUCUCUCGAACUGCAAUUACCUGCUGCUGUCACCGUUCAUGGCUGUCAAGUGCGCAAAUCCAAUUCCGGGGGUAACAACAAGUUGGGAUCCAGCAGUUUAGCCAGCAAACUAGCUUCCUUGGACCUAUCUCUGGGAAGUGGAGGCGGCUCUGCCAACAAUAGCGACAGCCUACUCUGCGAUCCACUCUUGAUGAAUCCCUAUCCUGCAUCGCACUUUGUCACCCAGUACAUCACGCUCCAGCACAGGACUUCAGGCGAACAGAUAUACAUUGCAGAAACUCGUGAAAAUGGGUCCAGUCAAGUUUAAAACGAAUAUAUUCAAGAGUGAUUUCUAUUCAUUAUAUAAUAUUUCCCAGUCAUGAUGUCUAUACAAUAUAUAUAUAAUUUAUGUACUUAAUGAAGAACCUAUUUAAAGUGGCAAUUUGACGCUCAUACAGUAUGUGGUGUAUAUGUCUAAUAGAUUUUGUUUCUCAUACCAAUGUGUUUGUAACGUACAUACAUGUUACAAUUGCUGCUGGUGAGUCUGUGACGGAGGUCGUCCUGCUAUGUCUACGUAAUUAUUGUUGCUGAAUGAAUACAGACUGUUCAGACAA